GUCUAGGAAGGGCGUUUGUCAGCAGCAGCAGCGAGAGAUGGCGCGAGGAUGAGAUGAUAGAAGAUGGAAUGAGAGGGAAGGUGGAUGGAGGGAGAUAUGAAGGGGGGGAUAUAUGGGGGCGAGGCAGGGAGGGUGGCUACUGGCUGCGUGGCUGGAUGGGCAGGCAGCAGGAUACGGGUGCUGCCUGGGCGGGCCUGCGCCGUACGUAGAGUCCUCUGGACCGUACCGUACCGUGCCGCCAAUGUGUAUUGUAGAACGCACGCACUCGUGGCAUCAUCACCACCACAAGCGCGAAGCCCUUUGGUCUAAGAACCGUGAAUUCAUAUCUAUCGUGCCCUACGACCGAUGACCUCUUAAACCCACGCGAAUCUCUAGCCGCGGCACCCCUCUUCCACCGCCUCCGCUCCAAGUCCAUGCAUAUAUGUCCGCCCCUCCUCCCUUCAACAGAGAGAAAGAAGAGACAAAAGACAAGUCAGUCUCCGCACGACCGAAGAGAGCAAUAGUGGGUAGAAGAGAGGAAAAAAGGGUUUCGUUAAACUAAAAAAAAAAAAGGGGGGGGGGGAUCCA